AUGGCCUAUUCGCCAUUCAAACCAUACUGGAAGUUUGAUAAUCGGAAACAACAGUUUGCAGCCACAGCAUUGGUCAUGGGGCUCAUACCGUUGACUUUGAAGGACGUCGCAUGGCCAGAGCGCCGUAUUGUACACGUUACCGAGCCUCUGCCAUGGCUGUGCGAUAUCUUAGUCCUGGCUUUGGGCCUUGUACCACUACCGGCCGAAAAAGAAACCCUGCUAUCGGCCCAUCAGAGAAACGAAGAAAGUAACGGUUUGGCAGGAUACGCGUGGAAUAUGAGAAGAUCAGCCAUACGCUUUAUGGUAGUCACACUUGUUAUAUGCCUCUUGGCCUGCUACGCAGCACUGGUGUUCAACGAAAUAUACAGCAAAAGAUCUGCUCUCGGUUGCGUUGUGCCUUUCUUCAUCACCGCCUGGUAUAUUGUCGCUCUACUUCCAGCAUCGAUCCACAGGGCCUUUGCAGGACGGAGACAAGCACAAUGUAACAACGGCAGGGUAGUUUCGGCUAUUCAGGGAGCGGAUGAGGACUGGCCAGUUCAAAUGGCCUGGGGUAUAUAUUACAUUGCUGGCACAUUGAUAUUCGCGAGUAUUAUGGCGGUGACUAUUAUAGAAAUGGCGGUUUGGGUCUUCUUGUGUCUCGCAGUCACUGGUAUUAGCAAAGUUCUGGCGUUCUUUAUCUGCCUCCUUUUCGAGAAAACCGGUCAAAGGAACUGA